CUAACCUUAAAUGGCUUAGUGAGGUUACUAGACUAUCGGAAUCAAGGUUGUUUUCUCUUCAAAAAAAUUGUAACCGUGCUCGCCCGUUCACCCGAUCGGAAUGCCACGGCUUGGACCCAAUCCCAUCCUCCACCAAAUCCAUCCUACCAAUACCUAGUAUUUGCGCCAUUUGCAAGUCUUUGCAUCACUGUUUUCUUUUCUCGAGCACUUCCGACGCAUCAUUCCCUUUUUAGCUUGCUAUUGUCAAUUUCUACACGAUGCUGUCGCGAAACACUACCAGAGCCGCUCAGCGCCUGGCGCGAACUGCGGCUCGCCAACAAUCGCACAUCCAGAAUGCCUCACGUUCCUUCGCGACCGUCCAGUCCGACAUAUUCAAGCCCACGAAAUAUGGCGGCAAAUACACCGUCACCCUUAUCCCUGGUGAUGGUAUCGGUGCCGAGGUAGCUGAGAGUGUGAAGACCGUCUUCAAGGCAGACAGUGUACCUAUCGAUUGGGAACAGGUUGACGUUUCGGGUGUGGAGAGUGGCUCGCCUGGCAGCCUUGAGGACAUGUUCCGAGAGUCUGUCGCUUCAUUGAAGAGAAACAAGCUGGCGUUGAAGGGUAUCCUCCACACACCCAUUAGCCGAUCAGGACACCAGAGUUUCAACGUCGCCAUGCGACAAGAACUCGACAUCUACGCCUCCAUCUCCCUCAUUAAGAACAUCCCUGGCUACAACACCCGCCACAAGGACGUCGAUCUAUGCAUCAUCCGAGAGAACACCGAGGGUGAAUAUAGUGGUCUAGAACACCAGAGCGUACCCGGUGUCGUCGAGUCCCUCAAGAUCAUUACCCGAGCCAAGUCGGAGCGUAUCGCCAAAUUCGCUUUCUCCUUUGCGUUAGCAAAUAACCGCAAGAAGGUCACCUGUAUUCACAAGGCCAACAUCAUGAAGCUAGCCGAUGGUCUAUUCCGAAGCACUUUCCAGAAGACCGCCGCCGAGUACCCCACCCUCGAGACCAACGACAUGAUCGUAGACAACGCUAGUAUGCAAUGUGUAUCGCGACCUCAGCAAUUCGACGUCCUAGUUAUGCCCAACUUGUACGGUGGUAUCCUGUCCAACAUUGGCGCUGCUCUUGUCGGCGGCCCCGGUAUUGUUCCCGGCUGCAACAUGGGACGCGAUGUUGCCGUCUUCGAGCCUGGUUGCCGACACGUCGGUCUUGACAUUAAGGGCAAGGACCAGGCCAACCCCACUGCUCUUCUCCUUUCCGGAUCUAUGCUACUCCGCCACCUUGGUCUUGACGAGCACGCCAACCGUAUCUCCAAGGCUGUCUACGGUGUCAUCUCUGAAGGCAAGUACCGUACUCGUGAUAUGGGCGGUGACGCCACCACGCACGAAUUCACCCGCGCGAUCCUAGACAAGAUGGAGACUUUGUAAUCGAAUCCGACCUGAUACCAUACCUUAAAACCCAACCUCUUUAAGACUACGGCCCGCUUCCUACGUGUUACUCUGAUAGAUACCUAGUAGAUGGGCAAAACGAUAGCAUGACUAAUGGAGUCACGGAAGGCGAAAGUAGGGGGAUCCUAGACAUGUACUGUACGUAGAAUAGGAUAUGUUUGCAUUGCAUCAAUUUCAUUAUUUCAAAGCUCUGUUUUGUUCUAUCAUAUUGUCUUCCGCCCUUCGAGAGCUAGCUUAUGCUUCCCGCCACAGACGCGCGACUACAAUCCACAGUACAUGCACUACCUUAGAGGUAUUG